AUGCACCGGAUGUCUCCUGCUGCUGUUGCUGCUGUUGCUGCUUCUUCUGCUGCUGCUGUUGCUGCUGCUGUUGCUGCUGCUGUUGUCUUUGGAAUAUCGAACGACAGCCUCAUCAGCUCCAUCGAUGCACAGAGCCCUGGCGUUUCUGCUGAGGAGACACCGCAUGCUGCUGCUGAUGUCUCUCCACUGCAGCAGCAGCAGCAGCAGCAGCAGCAGCGGCAAGAGCAGCAGCAGCAACAGAGGAAACGGAGACAGCACCUGGGGGCUGUCCCCACAGCGAAAAAGGAGACACCCUGCAGCACAGGAGACACUUCUUCGGGUGACAGCAGCAGCAAAGAGGUCUCAGCAGCAGCAGCAGCAGCAGCUGCUGCUGCUGCUGCAGCUGCAGCAGCAACAGCAGAUGCAGCAGCUGACGAUGCACCUGAAACAGCAGCAACAGCAGCAGCAGCAGCAGUAAGAGAAACGAAAGCAGAAACACGAGAUGCUGCUGCUGCAGCAGCUGCAGCAACGCAGCAGACGAGGUUUUCCCCGAAGCAGCAACAGCAGCAGCAACAGCAGCAGCAGCAGCAGCAGCAGGAACAGCAGCAGCAGCAGCAGCAGCAGCAACCCCGUGUCUGUCACAAAGCUGCAGCAGAAGAGACACAAAUACUGCAGCAGCAAGAGAAGUGUCUCCAGCUGACAGCGAAUUCACUUUUGCUUCUGCUUCUCCUCCUCCGCCUGCAGCAGCAGCAGAAGCAGGAGCACCAGUUGCUGCUGCAGCUGCUGCAACCUCUUGGAGAUCCCGAUGCCAUACAGGCAGCAGCAGCAGCAGCAGCAGCAGCAGCAGCAACAGCAGCAACAGCAGCAGCAACAGCAGCAGCAGAGGCCUUAAAAACGCCCAGCGGCUGA